AUUAAAUUAAUUUCAGCGUGGAUGGAGGCCAAGUUUGAAGAGCAGUCUGCAAUCAUUUACAACCAAGAUAGCUGUAACCUUAAUCAAUAUGUAAUUGACACCAAUUAUUAUGGAGACGGAACUAAUAAGAAGGAACACUUUGAAGAAUCACCCGAUCCUGAGAAAGAUGAGCUUAGUGAUGAUGACAUGAUCAUGAUUGAAGAAGACAUGGCGGAUUAUGACCAGCUGGUAAAAGAUAACCAAGCAAAACAGGGUAAAACUUCUAAAGAAGAUUUUAACAUGAUGAAGGUCAUUGGUCAAGGUUCUUAUGGAAAAGUCUUUCUAGUACAACAUAAGAAAACAGGCAUUUCUUAUGCAAUGAAGAUGCUGAAGAAGGCAGAUUUGAAGAAAAGAAAUCAGGUAGAGCAUACUAUGGCUGAGAGAAGGAUCUUGGAGAAGAUCAAACAUCCCUUCAUUGUGAGUCUUCAGUACUCAUUCCAAUCUAAGAAGAAGUUAUAUUUCGUAAUGGACUACUGCCCUGGAGGCGAACUAUUCUUCUAUCUCCAGAACAUUGGAAAAUUUAAGGAGAAGACAGCUUGCUUCUAUGCUUCGAAUAUUUUGUUUGCUAUCGAAGAACUACACAAAAACGAUAUUAUUUAUAGAGAUCUUAAGCCAGAAAAUGUACUUAUCGGAUAUGAUGGAUACGCAAAGAUUACUGACUUUGGUCUAUCAAAGGAAAAUAUACAAGGAUCUUCCGACGCUCAUAGCUUCUGAGGAACUCCAGAAUACCUAUCACCUGAGAUCCUAGCCAAGACAGGCCACGGAAAGCCUGCUGAUUGGUGGAGUUUCGGAGCUAUAAUCUAUGAAAUGCUUGUUGGAAUCCCUCCGUUCUAUACCAAAAACCGUCAAAAGCUGUAUCACAAUAUUCAAAAUGGAGAACUUGAUCUUCCUGACACCCUUAGUGAUGAAGCAAAAGAUCUCUUGAGCAAGCUUUUGACGAAAGACCCUGACAAAAGACUUGGAAGCGGGGUAAAUGAUGCACAAGAUGUUAAGAGUCAUCCAUGGUUUGCUAAUAUCAGUUGGGAUGACAUCUACAACAAGGGACAGAAACCUCCAUAUACCCCUCAACUAGAUUCAGAAGAUGAUGUGAAGCAUUUCUGACCUGGAUUCACUAAAAUCGACGUUUAUGGGUCGUAUGAAGAUGGGAAUCCAAUGUCACCUCCCGAGGAUGCAACUGGAGAUUCAAAAUGGAACAAUUUCUCUUAUGAUCCUGAGAAUGAGAUGGGGGGCUAGCCUUUUCUACAUGUAUAAAUAUUCACCUUAA